ACACAUAAGUAAAAACAGUAACUAAGUUUUUUCUGAGUUAAAUAAUGUAUAGUAAAGAGUUUUGUGAAAUGAUCAACGCAUUUAUUUUUUUUGCUUUGGUCAUAAAAAACCAUGCCUCCGAAAUGUUUGGUGGAGUUGGAAUAGGACUAAUUUCGAGACCAGCCGUGUGUGAAAGAACUACAAAAGAUGGAGAUUUAUUAAGACUUAGAUUUAAUGGUACUUUGGGUGAUGGUACUCCAUUCGAUACAAAGUAUAUGGAAAAGCCAUUUGAGUUUAUACUUGGUGAAGAUCAGAUGAUUUCAGGAUGGGAAGCUGGUUUGCGCGAUAUGUGUAAAGGCGAAAUUAGGUCUUUAACAAUUCCUCCAAAGUAUGCUUAUGGGAACAAUGGAUUAGGAAAUUUACCUUCUCGCGUAAAUUUACAUUUUAUAGUUGAACUGUUAUCAUUCCAUGCGGUUCCUAACGCUCCUCGUGUUGAAAAUACGUUUAAGUUAAUUGAUAAAAAUAGAGACGAUGUGUUAACACAUGAUGAGGUUUUUGAAUACUUGCAGCUCUCUGGUAUAAGAGAUGAGCCUGGUCCGUCCGGAUUACGUCAUAUGUUACGUGAAAUUUUCGAAGAAGAAGAUCGAGACAAAAAUGGAUAUAUUAGCCAGCAGGAGUUCAGCGGUAGAAAACGCGACGAAUUAUGAUUUAUUUGCAGUUAUAGCUAUGUUUUUUAAAAAUAUGACCUGAGUGUAUUAAACAUUUAUACUACAAUAGUAAAUAGCAUCACAUUAUUUGUCA